UUGAUGAUCCAGUGGAUGUUGCCAGUUUGAUCUCUGGUCCCUCUGUCUUUUCUAAAACCAGCUUGAACAUCUGGAAGUUCACAGAUCACAUACUGUUGAAGCCUUUGUUACAUUAUAAAAGUGCUCUAAAAAGUUAUGUAACUUAGUACAUGGUAUAAAUACUCAAGAGCCUAUUUGAACCUGCACACAGUAUCCACAAAUUGUUUGAUUAACACCAAUAAACACUUUGCCAAAAUAUCUGGUUUUGGUAUCCUUUUCAGAAUUUCACCCUAAUCAGGUCUGUAAGGGCUUCUCAGGUGGCCCAGUAGUAAGAAUUCGGCUGCUAAUAUAAGUGACACAAGAAAGUUGGGUUCGAUCCCUGGAUCAGGAAGAUACUGUGGUGUAGGAAAUGGCAACCGACUCCAGUAUUCUAGCCCGAUAAUUCCAUGAACUGUGGAGCCUGGCGGGGUACAGUCCAUGGGGUUGUAAGAGUCGGACAUGACUUACUGACUAUACCUCUACCACCACAGGUGUGUAAAGCAAAAUAAUUUUGCUGCUGGAAAAUUUAAAAAGGCAAAUUUGGUUUGUUUUACAUUUUUAUUCUUUCUUAAGAGAUUACAUUUUAGAAAAUACUUAUUAAUCAUCACUUCUUAAUUGUGUGAUUAGUGUGCCUUUCUGUACUAUGAAAUAGUUGUUUCAAUUGAUGUUUGAUCAAAAGUGGGCUUUAUAAUUAGAAAUGUGAAAUGACUGGUAUGUGGAGGUUUCUGUGUAACAUUUGGUCAAUAAUUGGCAUGUUUCAUCAUUAUAUAACUGAAGUUAUUCUGAUAAAAAAAAAAAACUACCAAUGUAACUGGCUUCAUUUUUCUUCUUACCCUAUGGGCAAUUGUUUAAUCCUCUCCUCCUCCAAUGUAUCUGUUAACAUUGGACAGUCAGCUGGGGUGUUAACUUCCUGUUAUUUAUAACCUAUGGAGGCAGAAUAAAAGAUCAGUCUUCUUAUUCAGAGGUGAAACAGGCAAUGGAUCCCAAAGGCCAGAGAGUGAAGCUUAAUGACAGCCACUUCAUUCCUGUCCUGGGAUUUGGCACCGCUGUACCUCCAGAGGUUCCUAAGAGAGAAGCUCUGGAAGUCACUAGAUUUGCUAUAGAGGUUGGGUUCUGCCAUAUUGACUCUGCUCAUGUGUACAAAAAUGAAGAGCAAGUUGGCCAGGCCAUUCGAAGCAAGAUUGCAGAUGACACUGUGAAGAGAGAAGACAUAUUCUACACUUCAAAGCUUUGGUGCACUUUCCAUCAACCAGAGUUGGUCAGACCAGCCUUGGAAAAGUCACUGAAAAAUCUUCAACUGGACUAUGUCGAUCUCUAUAUUAUUCAUUUUCCACUGGCUGUGAAGCCAGGGGAUGAAUUAUUUCCAAAAGAUGAAAAUGGAAAACUGAUAUUUGACUCGGUGGAUCUCUGUCACACAUGGGAGGCCCUGGAGAAGUGUAAGGAUGCAGGGCUGACCAAGUCCAUUGGGGUGUCCAACUUCAACCACAAGCAGCUGCAGAAGAUCCUGAACAAGCCGGGGCUCAAGUAUAAGCCCGUCUGCAACCAGGUGGAAUGUCACCCUUAUCUCAACCAGAGCAAACUGUUGGAUUUCUGCAAGUCACAUGAUAUUGUUCUUGUAACCUAUGGUGCUCUGGGAUCCCAACGAGUACAAGAAUGGGUGAAUCUGAACCACCCCGUUCUCUUGGAGGACCCGGUUCUCUGUGCCAUUGCUAAAAAGCAUAAGCAAACCCCAGCUCUGGUUGCCCUUCGCUACCAGGUACAACGAGGGGUUGUGGUUCUGGCCAAGAGUUACAACAAGAAGCGGAUCAAAGAGAACAUACAGGUGUUUGACUUUGAACUGAGUCCGGACGGCAUGAAAGCAAUUGAUGGCCUCAACAGAAAUAUAAGAUACUAUGAAUUUCUAAUUGGUGUCAGCCACCCUGAGUAUCCAUUCCAUGAAGAAUAUUGACUCUCAGCUCUCACUGUGGUUCUACCAUAACUUGUUACUUCUAGGGUGGUGAAGAUAAUUUUUAUGCCUGAAGAAGAAGUUUAAAUAAAGUGUCUGAACUUCUGAAAACAUGCCUUUUCUUUUAAAAAUAAACUGUUUAUGAAACAGCAUAGACUUAAAAGUAAGAAUACAUUUUCUUCCUGAUGAUUCAAAUAAUACAGAUAUAUGACAGAAUAUUUAGAUAGAGAAGGGACAGGAUGGGCAGUAAUGAUCAGCUGUAUUUACCCAUUGGAUAACAGUUACCUUUGAUGUGUUUACCUUGUGAUUUUCCUAGACAAAAAUGUGCGUUUGUUUAUUUACGAUGAUAAAUAAACUUCAAUCUACAGGUGGUAUACUUCUCUUGAAACAUAGCCUAAGUAUCUUGGUAAGCUAAAAAUAUGAGUUAAAAAAUCCAGUAUUAUAUUUUGCUUCCUGUAUAGUAAGCAGCACAUCCUAGUCAUUUAUGUAAUUUCUUAUUUGUCUGCCUGUGCUCAGCAUUUUGAUGAAUCUUUACAUAUUUUGAGUUUAUUCAUUGGUCAUUUAGCCAAACUUUAUUGAGCAUUCUUUAGUAAGAAAUUGUUAUAUCAAUAAAUGUCAAUAAGUGAAAUGAGAAAUGUCUUGAGUCAUUAGCCUUGUGGAGAAUGAAACUGUUAAUGAUAUCAGGAGAAUUUAACUUUUAGAAAUGUGUAAGUGUCUGUUGAGAUAAUUCUGCACAAUCUCUCCCAUUUCUUCUGUACAUCUUUUAGGCAGAGACACCAAAUCUCCUUCACCUCACACACCUUUUCAUUU